CGCCGCUCAUGGUACCCUUCAGCUUGGGGGCGUGGUUACCGCGACACUCAACUGCAUCCCGUCAUGCACCAGACCCGGUUUACGCAGCACUUCCCAACAUGUGACUGAAGCACCGCCCACCCUAUGGUAACGUCACAUGAGCUGUCUCCAUGGUAACUAUUGCCGCUGUAUGUAAACAAUACAUUUGGAGCUGUGGAAAGUUAUCGCGUCAACAAUGGCGGGAAUCCGGAGAAAAGCGCGGGGCAAGAAAGGAAAGAGGAAGAAGGCAGCCGGAAAACAUGAACUGGGUGUGGAUAAAGAGUCAGAGGUGGAGAGAGCGAAGGCGAGUGCGGCGGUGUGGGAGACCCGACUAAAGGUGACAGAGUUUUCCCGAGCCGAGUACCGGGAGGCUGCACGCAGCCUGGCACAGAACAAUGUGGAGCUGACGAAGAACCAGUAUCAGCUGGAGAAGGACAUGCUGGAUGUCAUAGGGUUUCUCAAGAAGCAGGACGAACGGAAGGAUGACAUGAUUGGGAAACUGCAGCAACAGCUGAUAGCACAGAGGAAAAUGGCUGAAGAGGAGCGAGCGCGGCUGGUGGAGACGCAUCAGAAGCAGAUUUCUGGUCUGGAAGAGGAAUCUUCCCGUAGAGCUCAUGAGAUGCAGGUCAUUCAGUCCGAGUUCAGAGCGAUGAAGGAAUUCCACAGACACAAGGCUGAACUGGAGAGAGAACUGGAAGAGAUCAAGGACAGCCUGCUCCGAGCCAAAAAGGAUCAUCAGAAAGCUCUGUCCACCACGGAGAGGCACUUCAUGGAGGAGAAGCAACGCUUGGAGAAGGAAGCUGAGAAGAAGAUUAUGAUGCUGGCGGAGGAAGCUCACACUGAAGCCGUCACGCAGCUGGGUGAUGUUGGAAGAUCAGUCUUUAAGGAGAACGUGCGUCUGAGGGAAGCCAUUUCUUAUCAUGUGAACCAGACCCGCGAGAUCCAGAAACGAGCGCUGCUCCUGCAGGAGGAGAAGAAGCAGCUGCUGCACGACAAGGAAACCAACCAGCAGCUCAUUCAGCACAAGAUCAAACAAGACGCUGAGAGAAGCACCCAAAUCCAGGCCUUACAGCAGACCAUCCGGACUCUGGAGAAUGCCCUGGAGAAGAUGACGCUGGAGAAGGAGCAACAGGUGGUGGAGCAGGCAGAACAUGUGGAGCUUCAGAAGCUGCAGAAAACUCUAGAGAUGAAGGACAGAGAGAUGAAGCGGGUGAAGAAGCUGGCCCACAACAUCCUACAGGAGAGGACCCAGGUGGAAGGCUUUUUCCUUGAGGCGCUGGAGGAUGUGAAGCAGGAGAUUAAGUCAAGCAGGAACUAUUAUCAGAAGAUGGCACAGGUGGCGUAUCACAGCCGCAUGAGGAUGGCAGCCAGCGGGUCGGAGCAGUACCCCAAGGUCCGGACCUUUCACAACAGAGAGCACAGCACUAAUGAUGUCAGCCGUGACCUCAUGGAAGCUGAAAAAUGGUCGCACCUUCAGAGAGGAGGCGCUGAUUUUGGAGAUCUGACAUGGGAGCAGAAGGAGAAAGUUCUGAGGCUGCUGUUUGCCAAGAUGAAUGGCUCUGUCGUCGGGUUAGGCGAUGCCGCUCCAAGGAAAAGAAGAGAAGGAUUCGGUCAAGAUGACUCGGCUCCAGGAGACCAAGGGGCCCCUGGAGACGCCAUCUUCCUAACUCAGCCCAUCUCUGAAGAGUCAGCGACUGGCUUGGUCCUGCCUGACAUCCAGAAGACAAGAUGCCGGGUCAUGAGCUGAAUAAAGGAAUUCUGUCUGCA